GUGUGAGAGAGUGGCUGGCUGUGCUGCUGCAGACUAACACUCUGCAUUGUGUGUGUGUCUGUGUGUUACUGGGUGCUGCUCACAAGACAUGCUCCAUCUCAAGGCCAGGGCUGGCAAGUAACCAGAGGGCUCUCUGAGUGAGGAAGGCAGAUUGGGCUUGUAGAUCCGUCCUUGUUUUAUUUUUGGGGGGAGGAUAUUGCAUCUGGUCACCCAUAUCCUCUUCCUCCUCCCCUCUCUGGUUUGGUGCAGGCUCUGUGUGUGUGUGUGAUCUCGCUAUGUCGGAUGACGAUUCCAGGGCCAGCACCAGCUCCUCUUCAUCCACCACCUCCUCCAGCCAGCACAUCGACAAGGAGCCAGGCUCUAACAACAACUCCUCCAGCGGCAAGAAGAAGGAGACCAAAGUCAGUAUGAGCAAGAACUCCAAACUCCUGUCCACCAGCGCUAAAAGGAUUCAGAAAGAAUUGGCAGAUAUCACUUUGGACCCUCCACCCAACUGCAGUGCUGGUCCAAAAGGAGAUAACAUCUAUGAAUGGAGAUCAACAAUCUUAGGACCACCAGGUUCUGUGUACGAAGGAGGAGUGUUUUUCUUGGAUAUCACAUUCACACCUGAAUACCCCUUCAAGCCUCCAAAAGUGACGUUUCGGACAAGAAUUUACCACUGUAACAUUAACAGCCAGGGCGUGAUCUGCCUCGAUAUCCUGAAAGAUAACUGGAGCCCAGCUCUAACAAUUUCUAAAGUUCUCCUGUCUAUCUGCUCGCUGCUCACAGAUUGCAACCCUGCUGAUCCCCUCGUUGGAAGCAUUGCCACUCAGUACAUGACUAACAGAGGGGAGCAUGACCGAAUGGCCAGACAGUGGACCAAGAGAUAUGCCACAUAGACACACGGCUUCCCCACCAAACUCAUCUGUUUGUCUGUGAUGGAGAGAGCUGCUUGUUAAUUUGAAGGGGUCAAGGGAGGGUGGGAAUUGAUAAAGAAUAGGGUAUUUCUAUAACAGAUUUUAUUCAGUCUCUUAUUUCCAGAGAAUUUUGUUAUUGUAACUUAAGGUAUCUUUCUGCAGUAGAUCAUUAGACUGGAUGAGGACAGCUUUUUGUAAGGCAGACAAGCUCUGAAAUAUUGGCUUAUAAAAGGAGUACAAAGAAUGUAAAAUAUCUUUUCCCCUCUUUUGUUUGGGUGCAGUAUAUAAACUAUUAGUUUUGUACAGUUACACUGCUUAUACCCUAGGCCUUUGUGUAAAGUAUUUUGUUAUUUCUUUAAUGGACAAGGAGCAGUAGUGGUUAAUAAAAUGUAAUAAAGGAGGCUGCACUGUUCGAAUCUCCAGACCUCACCUACCACCUUCAGAGGUUAUAAAUCCCAGUUCCGGGACAUGAAACUUUUUGUGUGUGUGUUAUGAACUUUCCCCCCCCCCCCUUUUGUAUGUCUAAUAACCAGAGAAAAGACUUGUUAACGAGAACCUUUAGUGAAAUAUACCUUAAGAUGUUUAACUGUAAAAGGUGGAUAAGAAUUACUCAUUGGAUUGGUUAUGUUUGUAGGCCAAUUAUGCCUACGUUUGUUACUGUGUUAAUAAAAGUGGAAGAAUA